AUGGUACGCAACAUGUCGUCAAGAAGGAGGACAAAAGGAAAGGGUGAAGAGUCGCAGAUAGAUUACGCAAGAAUGGAAGAAGAGCGCAAUAAUUCAUCUGAAAUGAAGCCUCAAAAGCAACCGACAGACAAUGACGAGGAAAACUCGCCAAAGCAAGCUGAAGCUGGCACCGAUGCCAGUAAAAUCACGGACAGGCCUGAAGUAUAA